CGCCGAAAGCGGCGCCGGAAUCAGAAGCGUAAAACCCUUCGACGGCGUCGCGUCGUUCUUUCUACCUUAUUUUCAAAUAUACCCAAUCGCGAAUUUUCGAACCGUUAUCAAGCAUAUCGCUGCAAUGAACGCGAAACAUUGUACGAUGUUUAUAACACACCCUGCGCUCGUACGAUAUACGGACGAAUAACAUGCGUGUCGUACGUGUUACACGUUGUUUAUUAUUAUUUAUUUACGUAUUACGUUGAAUGACUGUAUCGACGAUUAUUAAUCAUUGUGUAUGUAUAAUUUACACGCGUCAAAAACUUUUACCUGCUUAUUAUACCUACUCUUUUUUUAUCCCCCCCCCUCAUCCCCAGCCCCUUCAAUAUUCGUAUCAGGAAUUUAAUUUUUCGCGUACCUGUAGAUCGGAUGAUAUGAUGAUAUGAUCGAUCGAUAUAAAUCGAAUUCAUUACCUGAUAAAAGAUAGUGAAUAAUAGUAAAUUUUAUUCACUUUUUUAAAAUUGGCUCAUACGAGUAAGAAGUAAUUGUUGUUAUACAUAGAGAAAUUCACACACACACGCGCACGCAAAGUGUUUUAAUGUGAUCGUUGGUUUGUUCGCUUAUUAUAAAUCUACAACAUACGUGUGUAAUAAUAUGGACUUAAUCACGCGCCGAAUCUGCGAUUAAUCGACAAAUGAUAAAAGGAAGUGAUUUUACUGGUGUCACCUAAAGUGUAAAAGAUAUACUGUUUUCGUUGUUAUUAUUAUUUUUUGUUCUGCAUUCUUUCUUUUCUUUCCCCUCUCCGACAAGAAAUGCACGGAUGAUCGAACAUCAUCUUGAUCAAAAUGUUGAUAAAAGAAUAUCGGAUACCUCUGCCUUUGACGGUGGAGGAAUAUCGCAUAGCUCAACUUUACAUGAUAGCGAAAAAAUCACGCGAAGAAAGUAAAGGCGUGGGCAGCGGCGUUGAGAUUCUUGUCAACGAACCUUAUACCAACGGUCCAGGUGGCAACGGACAAUAUACUCGAAAAAUAUACCAUGUCGGUAGCCAUUUGCCAGCUUGGUUCAAAAGUCUUUUACCAAAAUCGGUUCUCACGACGGAAGAAGAAGCUUGGAACGCUUAUCCUUACACAAAGACACGCUACACUUGUCCGUUCGUUGAGAAAUUCUCUAUAGAGAUAGAGACCUACUAUUAUUCGGACAACGGAUAUCAGGAGAAUGUUUUCAAACUCUCCGGCAGCGAUUUGAGAAACAGAAUCGUGGACGUCAUCGACUUGGUCAAGGAUCAGUUGUACGGCGAAUAUGUGAAAGAAGAGGACCCAAAGUUGUACGUGUCGGAAAAGACGGGUCGCGGACCGCUUACAGAUUCAUGGCUGGAAGAAUACUGGGCGGAUGUGAAGGGAAAGUCGCAGCCAACGCCUUCCGGCAAAUCGCUGAUGUGCGCCUACAAAAUAUGCAGAGUGGAAUUUCGUUAUUGGGGAAUGCAAACUAAGUUGGAAAAAUUCAUCCACGAUCACGCGCUUCGAAAAACAAUGGUUCGCGCUCAUCGUCAAGCGUGGGCUUGGCAGGACGAAUGGUACGGUUUAACCAUGGAGGACAUAAGAGAAAUUGAGAGGCAGACGCAACUGGCGCUACAGCGUACAAUGGGGGCUGGCGAGUCGGGAGAAGAUGCGGCGGACGACGAUCAGCUGGAUGGAACGGGCAACGUAUCCUCGUCUCAAGACAAAGAUGUCGCCAAGACUCUUGCCGCUACCUUGGGAAGCAUAGAGAAAAACGAGGACCCCCAGAGUCCGGCUUACCUCAGAAAGCAAUCAGACAUUCCAGUUAUCAAUACGGCCAUGAGUUCGGAAGGUGAAUUAAGCCCCGAGGACUCGCCGACGGAAUCAUCUGCUCCCCGACUCAUCGACGAACGGAGCGACGUCAAAAAGACAUGGAAGAGGAGUAACCCGUCGCUUCAUUCGCCGAGUUCAGCUAAAAGUUUUGACAUACAAGUAGCGAAUUGGCGCAUGGAGAGUAUCGUCAGAGAGUCGGAAUCCGGUAGCGAAGAUGAAUUCUUUGAUUGUCAAGCUGGGUUCAUAAUACCUACUAUCCACAAAGAGGACUUUGGAGAUAAUUCGUCAUUAGCUAAAUGGAGUUCUUUGGAUCUUCUAGCUGAAGAGGACGACACGGUUUCUCCGACUGCCGUGACAAGCAAUAAGCAAGAAGACACAAUAUUUUCACAUUCGUACUUGCAACGCGUGGCAAGCGAAAGGAGCAAUAAGCGGUUGUACAUUAGGUCUUCGGCCAGCAUCGACGUGUCCUGCCCAGCCUCGCCCCAACAUUCUCCAACGAAUCAGCCGUGCAGAACUACCGUUCUGCUCAUUGUCUUACAUGCCGGAAGUGUUCUAGAUGCCAAUGUCGACUUGACGGCGAAAAAGUCGGACAUCACUACCUUUAGAGGGGCCUUUGAAUCCGUCAUGAGGCAACAUUAUCCCAGUAUGGUUGGACACAUUGCGAUUAAGUUUGUUUCCUGUCCCUCCAUAUGCACAGAAGUUCUCUGUAUUUUGUCGAGCUUGAGCCCUUACAGUUUUGACGUUUCUCCGUCUUGCACCGACGCUCCGCAGGUGACGCACGACACAAUUCCUAUCGGAUCUAUUCCAUUGCUCGCAACUUGUAGUCCGGAUUAUCAGGAUUCGGUGUCAAGAGUUGUGAGUGGCUCGAAUCAAGUAUAUCAAGAAUUUAUCAAGAGCGAAGAGGGACGUGGAUUCAACGGGCAAAUAUGCUUCGUCGCCGAUUCGGUUGGUUCGAUAUUAGGAUACGACACCCUCUGCCGAUCUUUGCAAUAUCAGUCUAGGCACGACAGUGAGAAUAGCAUUUUAGAAAAUGACAAUCAAGUAGGCGAAGAUAACGACGGAAACGAGGAUGGUAAACAUUUGUCGGCUCCCUCUCCGAGAAGAAGGUCUUCCUCGACAAGCGAUAAUUUCAACCACUGCAAAUUAGACUUUGAGGUCGGUGAAUUCUUUAUGUUUGGAAGUCCCUUGUCUCUCGUCCUAGCGUAUAGAAAGAUAUCAUCUACCGGAGACAAAAAUAGUAACAUUCCUAGGCCACUGGUAAAUCAGGUUUACAAUUUAUUUCAUCCGACCGACCCAGUCGCCGCUCGUUUAGAACCUUUGAUUUCUGCAAGGUUUUCACUUCUCCCUCCAGUUAACGUUGCUCGAUAUCAGAAGUACCCGCUUGGAAACGGGCAACCGUAUCAUCUGCUGGAGGCUGUGCAGACCAAUCCGCAAUUGUUUGUCGAUGGUUUGAACGUGCCAAACACCCCUAUGCCUCAUAUGCGAAGAAUGUCCGAGAUAUCUCUGCAGAGUACGAUGUCCGGAGUCGUGGAUAACAUCCCGUUGCAAGCGAUAACAGCCCUGACGCAGAAGUGGUGGGGGAAUAAGAGAAUCGACUAUGCUCUGUACUGUCCCGAAGGUUUGGCCAACUUUCCUACAAACGUGUUACCCCACCUAUUUCACGCCAGUUAUUGGGAAUCUUCGGACGUAAUCGCUUUUAUAUUAAGACAGUUGGGGAGGUUCGAUUUACCGAUGCUAGGCAACGAAGAAAAAGAACUCACAUGCUUCCGUCCAGGGCAGCCCAGAGAGAAAUGGAAUAAAAAACGAACGUCCGUUAAACUUAAGAAUGCUGCUGCCAAUCAUAGAGCAAAUGAUGUUAUAGUGAGAGAAGGUGCUCCUCAAGUACUAAUAGCGAGGUUUAUGUACGGCUUCUUAGAUAUGAUAGCUUUAACAGGAGAAAAAGUAGACAUACAUGUAAUGAAAGACGCGCCGGCGGGCGAGUGGACUUUUUUGUCUACCGAAGUAACGGACAAAACUGGUCGAGUCGCGUACAAAAUUCCCGACGAGAAAGCACUGGGCUAUGGAAUAUAUCCUGUGAAAAUGGUUGUUCGCGGUGAUCAUACUUCAUUAGACUUUUUCAUGGCUGUGAUACCACCAAAGACGGAAUGCGUUGUAUUCAGUAUCGACGGCUCUUUCACUGCUAGCAUGUCCGUGACGGGUAGAGAUCCGAAAGUCAGAGCAGGCGCCGUUGACAUAGUAAGACAUUGGCAAGAACUGGGAUACCUGAUUAUCUAUAUCACCGGACGACCCGACAUGCAACAGCAAAAGGUAGUUUCCUGGCUUUCGCAGCAUAAUUUCCCUCACGGCUUGGUAUCCUUUGCCGAAGGUUUGUCGACCGAUCCUCUUCGACACAAGGCUGCGUAUUUAAACACGCUGAUUCAGGAACACGGCGUGAUCAUUCACAUGGCUUACGGAAGUAACAAGGACAUAAGCGUAUACACGGCAAUAAAUUUGAAACCGAAUCAAAUAUUCAUUGUUGGAAAAGUUUCAAAGAAACAUCAAGCAUUCGCUACUAUACUCUACGAAGGCUAUGCCGCUCACUUAAGCGCUCUGACCGCGGUCGGAGGUUCCAGACCGGCGCAAGGCAAUGCUCGAAUGGUAAUACCGAGGGGUCAGUUUGGUCUACCGGGACAGAAUGCCUCGUUACGCCGUCGAAGAUCAGCAAAACGUGCAGUGUCGCAUCCGUUGAUGGGUGAUGUGUGCGUCUUGGAAAGAAGCACAAGCGUCGGACCACCGCCAGCUUCGCAAGUGCCGCAACUGAAAAGAACGAUGACCCAGGACAAGCUCUGACGAUUCGCACGCUGUCGCUCGUUUUUCGAGUCGAGACAGCAGAGUCAAAUUGAAAAGUAAUAUACGUACAGCUGAACAGAGAACAAAACAGUUCUCGUCACUCAGCUAUCGUACAAAAAAUACUUGCUGCGGAUAACAGCAAAUAUAUAUACAUAUAUAUAUUUUCUUUUCACGUCUCUGACGUACGUACUUAUUUUUUUAUGCUACUAAAGAAGGUUUAGCAUAGAAAUUUUAUAAAUAUUAUUUUUUCUUUUUUUAUCGCGUCUCCCAACUAAUAGACUAGGGAUUAUCAUCUGUUGUCAUUCGAGGUUGUCGCAGAGUCUCUUAGGGCUCUUACACGUUCAACUUGCUGCCACAUAAUCUGGAACGGUGUCCAUUUAGAUACGCUUAUACCUACCGUAGGAACUUUUUGAGUUUGUUUUUGGUGUUGAUUAGACAUGUAUAAAUGAUAACGAAAUGAAUCGGUAAUAAUUAUAAAAUCGUGGUAGAUGAUUAUUCAAUUUGCGUAUUAGUUUGCAAGUUGAUAUGCUAGUCAUUUUUCAAUUAUUAUCUAACGAACGAUGCAACGUUACAAAUUGUAGAAUUUUGAUCAUCAAGAUAGUCAAACUUCGGAUAUCCUUGACAGCUUGACUAUACAUCCAUGCAUACAUACAUGCAUACAUACAUGCAUACAGGCAUACAUACAUACAUACAUGCAUAUAUAAUGUAAAAGAAAUUUAUAACGACACGGCAUCGAUGCAUUGUAGCGUGUAAGUUGUGAAAACUUGUUGAAACUGUUACCUGAAUCUCCCUGUUGUUACUAAAGUAAAUCGAUCCUACCGAUGACGUUAUAUUGUAGAGAUAAUUUAUAACGGUUUGAUCAUUAUCAAAUGUUAAAUACCUAGGUAAGAUUUUGUUUUUAAAUUCGUAGCAUGGUUUUGUCGAAAAAGCAGUCACCCCUUCGACUGGUCAAUCAUAAGCCAACAUAUUACAUAGAAAUUAAUCGUAAUAUCACUAUCGAGCAAAUUCAUCACUGUUUCGUAGAACAAAGAUAAAUUAUUUACGUGGGACCUUGUGGUGAAUGCAAAAAAAAUAAUCAACAGCUGUUACAUAAAAAAAUGUUGGCAUAAUGACUGAAUGAUGUUUCGUCACGUAAAGCAAGUUAUAUUCGAUCCUCUUGGAUAAGAAAAAGAAAAAAAAAAAAAAGAAAAGAAAAAGAAAAAAACGCGAAAGCACAGCUGUACUAUAAAUGUAUCAAUAUUUAGUUGUUCUCCCAAGUGUGUUGCAUAUAACUCUAUCCUCGGAAGAUAUAGUAUUCGUUGUUAUUGCGCGUCAUUAUAUUGAGAUAAAGAAUCAAUAGUCCAGAUACCUGCGGUUAGCUAUUUGCAUAUACAUGUGUGAGAAUUUGAGAACAAUGAAGAAAAUCGUUCCAAAAAUUAUCGAUGCAAAGUCUUGGUUGCAAGAUGAAAAAUUUUCUUCAAAAUCAACUUGUUAUCGAGAUUCUGUUUCGAAAAUCUGAACGUAUCCAGAACUGUGCCGUAUUUGCUAUUACAUAUUCUAUACCGUGACGUAUGAGAAGUUAAUUACGUACCGCGUACAUAUUGACUGUAUUCUAACUUUAGCGAUAAGGUACAAAAGUAGCUCUAUAUAUUCCUAUGUCCAUACGUGAUUGCAAAGUAUUUUAAUUAUAUAAAUGAACGAUUACUAUCAGUGAUAAUAAAAGUUAUAUUUUUGUUAGUCAGACUUACAUAUUGUUAUAAUUAUUAAGUGAACGGUAUAUUAUUCAAUGCGACUUGGUUGUUGUCGGAAAAUUAUUAAUUUAAUAACGUUGACUUAAUGCUGUUUCAUUUUAUUGACAAAUCAUCCAACGGUUGAUCUUUAAUCAAAACUGAUCUACCAAAAAUAUGUACAUGUACUUGGAUUUUCUUAGAAAAUUUAAAUAAAUUCAGAAAGAUAGACGCUUAAAAAUAAUUUCGUCGCUCUUUUAAUCUUCUUAAAUA